AUCAUAUCCGAAACUAAGUAUUAAACAUUCUAAACAAAUCUGCGUUCGUGCAAUCGUUUUGAAUUUGUUAUUAAUGAACUCCAGUUCCUGGGCGGGACCCUAGCUCUACACAGCUGGAUUAAAAACAUCUGGAUCCGCCUACACGGAACUCCUGCCAAAAAUAUUCAGCCCAAGAAGCUGUUGUCGCAGCGCAUACUGCCUUAAUACAUGUCCCCCCGACAAUAUCCUCUCAGUACAUUAAGAAAAACAAAGAUUUGCAGUCACCGAAAACUUUGGAACUUUGUCUACAUCUCUUUCUGUCAUGAUUAUGGGACGCAGGCGGUGGAGUCGUUUCGCUCUCACAUCUGUUCUCCUUAUAUCGCUCUUUGCUGAGGUCCCAGCGUUCACACACAUAAGGACAAACUUAUGUAAAUGGUGUGACUACUCCAGCCCUGUGUGUGAAGACAAUGUGUGUUCAAGCAACUGCAAUCUAACCUCCUUCUGCAGUCUGUCUGAGGAGGUGUGUGUGGCUAUCUGGAGGAAAGACAACGAGACGGUGAGUGUGCGCACGCUGUGCCACCACCCUCAGCAGGCGCUGGACAACAUCGUCCUGGCCAACUACUCGUCCACAGAGUGCACCAUGCUCCCCCAGCCCUCGGAGGACGGGCUGCUCUUCGUCUGCGGCUGCGUCGGCGAUCAUGAGUGCAACGACAAACUCAUCUUUGACAAGGGAGCCCACGGCUACUCAAAGCUCAAAAGUAAAGACGUGAUUCCUGUGGUGGUGAUCAGCCUGGUUCCUCCAUUGCUUGUGGCUGUACUGGCCACAAUUGCCUUCUACUGCUACCGUACCAGGCAUCUCAGCAAGCAGCCCAAAGACUGGGCUCCCAAGCGCACCCACUACCAGUCUCUGGACCGGCCCGAGGGUCGCUCCGGGUGCAACGGCAGCUACCCCGGCAAGCUCACCCUGCUCGGGGAUGACGGCAACUCCGACCUCUCCUCCACCCGGGCCAACAGCCUGAACCACAACACCGAGCAGCUGCCCAUCCAGCUGGAGACGCUGGUGGGGAAGGGCCGCUUCGCCGAGGUGUGGCGGGCCCGUCUCAACCACAGCGAGGGCCAGUACGAGUCGGUGGCCGUCAAGAUCUUCCCCGCUGUGGAGUACGUGUCCUGGCGCAACGAGCGCUUCAUCUUCUCCGACGCCAACCUCAAGCACGAGAACGUGGUGCAGUUUCUGACGGCGGAGGAGCGGGGUGGUGGGGGCGGUGGGGGCGGUGGGGUUGGAGGUGGUGCUGGCCCCCAGAGGCAGUACUGGCUCAUCAUGGCCUACCACACCCUGGGCAACCUGCAGGACUACCUGGCCAGCCACGUGCUGAGCUGGGCGGAGCUGUGCACGCUGGCGGGGUCAGUGGCGCGGGGCCUGGCCCACCUUCACAGCGACACCACACCCUGCGGCGCUCCCAAAGUGCCGGUGUCGCACCGGGACCUGAAGAGCAGCAACAUCGUGGUGAAGGACAACCACGAGUGUGCUCUGUGUGAUUUUGGCCUGGCUAUGCGGCUAGAUCUUUCGCUCACUGUUGAUGACUUUGCCAACAGCGGCCAGGUUGGCACGGCACGCUACAUGGCCCCAGAGGUGCUGGAGUCUCGAGUCAAUCUGGAGGACCUGGAGUCCUUCAAACAGAUGGAUGUCUACUCCAUGGCGCUGAUCCUGUGGGAGAUGGUGUCUCGCUGUGAAGUCAUAGGAGAGGUGAGGAGCUACGAGCCACCCUUUGGCUCCAAAGUGUGCGAGCAGCCCUGUGUGGACAGCAUGAGAGAUUUGGUGCUGAGAGACAGAGGCCGGCCUGACAUCCCCACCAGCUGGACCACACACCAGGGGAUGCAGCUGCUGUGCGCCACCAUCACUGAGUGCUGGGACCACGACCCGGAGGCCCGUCUGACGGCCCACUGCGUGGUGGAGCGCUUCAAAACCCUGGCCCAGGAUGAGGAGGAGAGCAGACUCCUGAGCUUAAGCAUAGACAGCACCACAGACCACCAGCAGCAAGAGGAGCAGCAACAGGAGCAGCAACAGGAGCAGGAGCAGGAGCAGGAGCAGGAGCAGGAGCAGGGUCUAUCCGUCUCGUCCACCCCUCCCUCCCCCCGAGCAGAGCGUGACACGGACACAGACACGGACACGGACAGCCCCUCCCUUCCUCCGCUAGUCUCAGACAUGCAAGACUCAGAGCCUUCAAAGGCACAGGCGGAAGUAUGA